CCAUCCUUUGAAUGGUUUGCUGAGCGAGCGGCGGCCCGGGCUGUUGGAAGGAAGUACUGUAAUUCACGGCUUUCAGACUGCCCCGAUCAAUUCCUAUGAGGCGUGAAUACAAAUGCUCCUCCCGGCUAUCCCAGGAACGUGCGCGAAGGUCGAUCACACACGAGUGCCCAGGUUGGGGCUGUGAGGAACUGCCCAUCCCUGCUUAUAAAUAUGCAUUGCGACAGGAACCAACACCGGCUCAGUUAGCGGACUGCCCGGUGGUGUCUCCUUAUCACUGCGGCGCUGCAAUGGAAAGCCGCGGCUUCCGCGAGCCUGAACGACCGAAAUGUAUCAGGUUCCAGGGGUUCCGACUUCCAAAAGCCCGGAGCGCCCAGAUUUCCAAAAGAUGGGGUUCAGCUCUUCCGGCGAGCGAGAUCGAACGGCAGCAAACAAGACUCCCGAGCAAAAGGGAGAAGGACCGUCAGCGCUCGAAGCCCGGCAACAGCAGUACCAGGCUGGACAGUCCCACAGAGAACAUCUACGUGCCCCGGCCGGCCAAAACCUUCUCAGCGGAAGAAGCAAGAGCCGCCAUUCGCUCGGUGCUGGAGAGCAGACUGAACGGUGCCAAGUACGAGCCCAGGGGCUCGGCGCUGGCAGCCGUGGAACUGGCCGAGUGUGUGAAGAAGGCGGUGAAAGCCUUGGGUUACGAGAGGUACAAGAUCGUCUGCUACCUGGUGCUUGGGGCGACACGAACUUCCGGCCUAUCCUGCUCCAGCAGGGCCGUCUGGAGUCCAGCCGUGGACACAUACGCAGAAUUCUGCUUCCAGAACGAUUCGCUCUUCGCACUCUGUCUGGUGUUUGCUUUGUACCACGAAUAAUAUUCCACCAACUCCUGGCUCCAUUGAAAUGGUAGGGAAGAAAAUCAUACACCCGAAUCCUGAAAAAAGGAACUUUUAUGGACUUAUUCAUUCCACUUUCCCAUGGUCGCUGACAAGCUUGUAAAAUUUAACAGCGAGAGACGCGUGUUUGAAUAGACACAAAGGGACUGUCAUAGAAGCUAAAGACUGAAUAGAAGGAGUGAAGCCCCCAGCAACCCGGGGCGUUAUCAAAGUCAACUCGAGUUUAUUGUCAUAGGGACAAGAACAGGUAUGCACAAGUGUAAAGAAAAGUUUACUUGCAACACCAUCAGGCACAUAGCUUCAGAUAAGCAGAAGUCACAAGAAAGCCGUAGAUUAUACACUACUUUUGCCGGGGGGGGGGGGAACACGAAAGAAACUUCCAGUUAAGUGCAAAAUGAUCAGGGUGGUGUUAGUGUUAUUAAACUAGCGGUGGUUAGUGUUUUCCUGGUUGUUUCAAGAACCGAAUGGUUGAGGCGAUGUUGUCAUUCUUGAGGCUGCUGGGCUUCAGGUUUCCGCGCCCCCAGACCGACGGUAAAAGGUAUCGAGACCCAUUGGGAGGGGUCUUUAACGAUAAAUGUUGCUGCUUAAGGCAUCGCCUACUUGUUGAUGCACCGGGGUGGGGUGGGGGAGUGGUGUGCCCAUGAAGCCGCUGCUCUCUGUAUCUUCUUGACAUUAACACGCAUUCAAAUGACCGUGAUGCAACCUGUCAGGAUAGGUUAAAUAGUGCAUCUGCAGAAGUUUAUCUGGGGCUCAGAAAUAAAUCAUAGUCACAUGUUGCAUUUAUUAUUUGCAUAAUUUAAGCGCUUUUUUUACAUUGAAGAGCUAAAUUCAUCCCAAUAUCUCACUUCCUUUCAAGAUUUACUUACAAACAAAACAAUUUCAAAAGCCCUCAGUAGCACUUGCCAGCCUUGGUUUAUAUAUAGUUUUGGUAGGUUGUAUUGUAUUCCAUUAGUUUCCUGUAAAUGUCUCCACGAAAUUGAAUCUCAAUAUUGUAAAUGGUGACAUGUACUUUGUUAAUAAAUUUACUUUGACUGAACAAGUCUGCUUUUGAUUGCCAA